AUGAGUGUGUUAGGUGGCAUAAUCAUUGCCAUUGUCAUUGCCGUUGCCCACGGCAACAGCAAAUGGAACACGUUGGACUGGCUUGAGGCUCACAAUGUUAGCUAUGAAUUGCACAAUGUGACCACUGGCGAUGGCUAUCAGUUGCAAGUGCAGCGUUUACCUCGUUUAGGCGCAAGACCAGUGCUUCUAGUACACGGUCUAUUGGGCUCUUCACUUAGCUGGUUAUGCCAGGGGCCUGGAAAAAGUCUGGCCUUUCAGUUGUAUCAACAACAUUACGAUGUCUGGUUGGCAAAUCUACGCGGCUCCUCGCCGUAUGGACGACAUCACCUCGAGCUAACGGAUGUCAUGGCUGAAUUUUGGCAUUAUAGUUUUCAUGAGUUCGGCUCGUAUGAUUUAGCCGCCAUAAUUGACCACAUGACGGAGAUAACUAGCAAAGGUUCCAGUUCUGCCGAAGGGGAAGUGCAGGACGGGGAGGAGAAGGCGAAUGCAGAGGUGGUCGAACCACACCAAGUCUUGCUAAUUGGACACUCACAAGCCUUUAAUGCAUUUUUGGUUCUCUGCGCCAUGCAACCGCGUUUCAAUCAACGCAUCCUCCUAAUACAGGCACUGGCCCCUUUGGCCCAAUUGCAUCGUCAGGUGCGUUUCGAUUCCGCACAGGUGCGAGCCGUUAUGAAGUUUGUCAAGCAACGUCAAAAAUCUAAUAAAUUUGAACUUUUUCAACCUGGCGAAUUGCGUAAAAUUUGCCAAAAGAAACGCGAACAGUGCGAAUAUUAUACCAAGCAAUUAGUAGGUAGUUCUCAGAAUAAUAAAAAGCUUCUGGAUGCCUUUAACUAUGAUAAUUUGCUUCAAGGUGGUUCGAUUCGAGAGAUAAAACACUUGCAGCAGAUAUGGAAAUCGGGUGAUUUUAUUGCCUAUGAUUAUGGACCCAUCGAGAAUUUGCAGGUGUAUCAUAAUAUUGAAGCUUUGGGCUACAAUCUAAGUGAUAUAAGUGUGCCGAUUAUAUUGUACUUCGGACAAACCGAUGCAUUAGCCACGCCCGAAGGCGUUCAUGCGAUUUAUGCCAAAAUGUUGAAUUCGGUAAGAAGUGUCAGACGAAUUGCUUCAAAUAAAUUCAAUCAUUUGGAUUUUCUACUCUCUUCCGAUGUGAAAACAUUGGUCAAUGACAAGUUAAUUGAGCUAAUGGAAAAAUUUCUUGAGGGCAAAUUGCCAUACAUAAUUGAAUGA